GUAAGGGGAGCUUCAUAAACAGAAGUCAGUUCUUCCAGCAGGACACAGGUUCCAGCUUGAAAGUUCUCCAGCCAGGAACUCAGUGAACCUCUACAGAUAAACUCUGAAGAAGCAGAAAAGCAGACCAAAGGAGAGAAAGUGAAAGUGGUAAUGAGUCUAAGUUUCUUACUGUCUGUUACUGAAAACACAUCCAGCUGUUCAGAUCAUUUCUGUCCGUCACUGUCGGUCAGGGUUUGUCAGUUUGGUCCGUGUUUUACAGCAGAAGCUGUGAUCGUUUGUUCAGCUACAGAUUCAUGAUUGACAGUCAUGGCUUCCUCCAGUAGUCUCCUGUCUGAAGAUGAGCUCCAGUGCUCCAUCUGUCUGGAUGUGUUCACUGAUCCGGUCACCACUUCAUGUGGACACAACUUCUGCAGGGUCUGUCUCAAAGAGUACUGGGACAGCAGUUCACGCUGCCAGUGUCCAGUCUGUAAAGAGGAAUUCUCCAAAAGGCCUGAGCUGCGCGUGAACACCUUCAUCUCUGGACUGGCUGCUCAGUUCAAGAAGUCAGUUCAGCUCAAAUCCAGCAGAGCUCUAGAGAAACCUGACAAAUCUCAGUUGCUCUGCGAUGUCUGCUUUGAAAGGAAAAGUGCAGCUAUGAAGUCCUGCCUGAUCUGCAUGGCCUCCUACUGCAAGACUCAUCUGGAUCCUCAUGAGAGAAUCGCUUCAUUCAGGAAGCACAAACUGAUAGACCCUGUGGAGAACCUGGAGAACUACAUCUGCCAGAAACAUGAGAGACCCCUGGAGUUGUUCUGUAGAGACGACCACACGUGUGUGUGUCAGUUCUGCACUGAAGGAGACCACAAGACUCACAGCACUGUUCCCAUAGAGGAGGAGAGUGGAGAGAAGAAGACUCAGCUGGGAAAGACACAGGCUGAAGUUCAGCAGAUGAUCCAGGACCGACUGAAGAAGAUUGAGGAAAUCAAACAGUCUGUAGAGCUCAAUAAAAAAAGCACAGAGAAGGAGAAAGCAGACAGUGUGGAGGUCUUCAGAGCUCUGCUGCGCUGCAUUGAGAGAAGCCAGGCGGAGCUGCUUGAGGUGAUGGAGGAGAAGCAGAAAGCAGCAGACAUGCAGGCUGAAGAGUUCAUUAAAGAGCUGGAGCAGGAGGUCAGUGACCUAAAGAGGAGAGACACUGAGCUGGAGCAGCUCUCCCACACUGAGGACCACCUCCACCUCCUACAGGUUUACCCGUCCCUCUGCAGCCCUCCACCCACCAAGAACUGGACUGAGGUCAGGAUUAACUCUCAUCUGAAGGUGGAGCCUCUGAGGAGAGCUCUGACUCAGCUUCAGGAAGAGCUCAGUAAGGAGAUGGAGAAGAUUCAUGAGAGUGAACUGAACAGAAUUGAACAGUAUGCAGUGGACGUGACUCUGGAUCCUGAUUCAGCUCAUCCCUUCCUCAUCCUGUCUGAUGAUAGAAAACAAGUGAGAGUUGGAGACAAACGACAGAAUCUCCCUAAUAAACCAGAGAGGUUUGAUCGUUGUCCCUGUGUGCUGGGAAAGGAGGGGUUCUCCUCAGGGAGGUUUUACUAUGAGGUUCAGGUUAGAGAGAAGACUAAGUGGGAUUUAGGAGUGGUCACAGAGUCCUGUUACAGGAAGGGACAGAUUUUACUGAGACCUGAAAAUGGAUACUGGGCUGUGUGGCUGAGAAAUCAGACUGAAUAUACAGCAGCAGAGUCUCUCCCUGUCUCCCUCUCCUUGAAACAGGCUCCCCAGAAGGUGGGGGUGUUUGUGGAUUAUGAGGAGGGUCUGGUCUCCUUCUAUGAUGUUGAGUCCAGGUCUCAUAUCUACUCUUUCACUGGUCAGUCUUUUACUGAGAAACUCUAUCCGUUAUUCUGUCCUUGCCUCAACGAAAGAGGUAAAAACUCAGCACCGCUGAUCAUCACACCUGUUGAACAUCAUAAAUGAGGUUCUUUUUCUUCAUUAAAACCUUUUUAUUUGAGAAAAACUUGCACUCUGACAUUUGAAGUAUCAUAUACCAAAGCCUGAGUAAAGACGAAGUAAAGGAAAUUCUUUUCCAGCAAACAUUUCAGAAAUGUACCCUAAAUGGCAAAAACUCACUAAAAUUGCUGAAAUAUUUUUUUUACAUUUAAUUAAAUGUCUUGAACUGAUUUUCACACGGUCUUGAUCUUCAAAGAACAAGGAAAUCAUUUUCUUGUCAAAACCUACUUUGUAACAGAUUAAAGCAUCAAGAUCAAUAAAUCAUCAGAUAUGACUAAUUAAGUUUGAAAAUGUUGAAUUAUUUACUGCUCACAGUUACAUCACGAAGCUCUGAGUUAAAAACAGUCAUCCUGAGAAGUUCUGCUGAUUCUGUUAGACUAGAACUUUCUCUGGAGUCUCCUCCAUGUUUCCAGUCUUCAGCUGUGCAGUUCUACUUAAAGGUUCUGAGACUGGGAGAUGAUGGUGUUUCCUCCAGCUGUUGGACACAGUGUCUAGUUUUGGACUGUGGAUAAAAACCUGUACACACAUUUUUUGAAUAUUAAAACCCAUAUCUUGAACUCUGA